GCUUCCAUGAUCUCACUAAGUCCUUCUUAAUCUUCUUCGAAACUGGGUUGGCUAUCCAGGUACCACCGCUUUGUGACCAGGGUAGCUACAAGCUAGUGUGGCAUCGUAUUCCAUCAUUCUGACUUAGAAUUUUGUAAUGCAUAUCACUCAUAGCCACCAAAUCCGCCGCAGUGGUGACAUUUCGAAACCCUACCCCACAUCAAGUGGGUCAUAGCGGGUCAUGCCACAUACGGUGAAGCUUCUGAUCCAAUGUUUGUAGAAAACGUGUGAGCCAAGGAGGUGCCAAGCCAUUGAAAUGCCACCUUAUGUGUGAAAUUCACUUAGCAUAUCAGCGGGGGUUUCCAUAAAUGCGUCGAUGAGUGGCUGAUGAUGGUUUUGCAUUGCCGCAGACAUGCACGGAGGGGUAGACCCUGAGGCGUUACCAUAGUCGAAGAUCGGACUACAAAAGACACAUAUAUCUGCUCCUCUCCUCCCGUUCACUUCUCAUUCUAUAUCUCUUAACUCUCAAUCACUAUUCAAAUAUACUCUACACAAAACAAAACUAAACCCUCUUCUAUAUAACUCAAAAUGUCUUUCCACCUCUCCGCCGAAGAUAUCCGCAUCGAUGACAACCACAUCCUCAGAGCCCGUCUCAGAAACGAGAAUGGUGACUGGCAAGAUGCUGAGAUUGAUCUCAACCAACACAUCGGAAACGAAGAUGGCAUGAUUCACUGGGAUGGCGUCAACUUCUCUCACAGCGCUGAGAACGUCACAUUCUCCAUUGAGGGUGGUGGAGAAGUCCCAGUCCUCCGCACUUUCCUCCGCAGCAGAGAUGGCGAAGAGUUCAGCCGUGAUGUCAACCUUGCUGAGCGUAUUGAGAAUCACAACGGACAAUUUGUUUAUGUUUAAAUGUUAUAUGCUUUAGCUAGUGCAGUCUAAAGAAUGAGAAUAUCCUUUCAAGUGUUACAAAUAUCCGUUUUGGUGCAUUACACAACAUUGACUGCAUGAUUGAAAAUCUUCCUUAUGUCUUCGUGUACCAAUUAAUCUUGGCUCGUUCUAUGUGAUU